GUCUCUUUCUUCCCUGCAGCAUUUUCCUUCUCUUCUAUUAGAAAUAUUUUUUUAUUAUCUAUCUAUCUAUAUAUACAUAGAUUUUACAGUAGUAUUAGGAAGGAGGAAGGAGGAAGUUUGAGAAGAAAAGAGUACAAAGAUGGGUUUCUUGACACUCUUUGAGAUGGCUUCCAUGCCUAUUCUGCAGGUGCUCAUAAUCAGCACAUUAGGAGCUUUCAUGGCAACUGGUUAUCUCGAUCUUCUUACCCCUCCUACACAGAAAUCCCUCAACAAGAUUGUGUUCAUGGUGUUUACUCCAUCCCUAACGUUUGCAAGUCUGGCUGAGACUGUCACCUUCAGAGAUCUCAUUGCAUGGUGGUUUAUGCCUGUCAAUUUGGGCCUAACAUUUCUCUUGGGUGGAAUGCUAGGAUGGAUAGCAGUGAAACUUCUAAAGCCCAAAUCAGAAUUAGAAGGAUUGAUCAUUGCUACAUGUUUAACAGGAAACUUGGGAGGGCUUAUGUUGAUAAUUGUACCUGCAAUCUGUAGAGAGGAUAGUAGCCCUUUUGGGGAUCACAAAAUUUGUAGUUCCGUUGGACUCUCAUAUGCAUCUUUCUCCAUGGCGCUUGGUAAUAUCUACAUUUGGACAUACACUUACCAAUUAGUAAGAAGCUCGGCCUUAAAAUGCAAAGCUAUAGUUCAAGUACCAAACAAGGAUUUAGCUGCUAAUGUCAAGACUCAUCUUCUUCUUGAGGGACAAGUUCAACAACAUGUUACGCCAUCAACAAUAUCUACCCAAGAGGAUACAGAUAAUCAAGCUGUUAUUGUGUCCGAAGCAUCUACCAGCAAAAUAGAGAAAGGGAAUGUACCAUUUUGGGGUAAUGUAACAGUAGUUCUCCUCCCAUUAUUGGAGCAACUAUUGACACCGCCAACCCUUUCUGUGAUUGUCGGAUUCUUUUUUGGAGCUGUCCCGUGGCUGAAAAAUCUCAUAAUUGGCGAUAAUGCGCCUCUAAGAGUGAUCCAAGACUCCAUCAAAUUACUUGGGGAUGGAACAGUACCUUGCCUCACCCUUUUGCUAGGAGGCAACCUCACAAAAGGACUGCGCAAGGCAAGUUUAAAACCAAUAAUGAUUGUUGCUGUCAUCUGUGUUCGCUACGUGUUUCUCCCUUUGAUCGGAAUUGGCAUAGUUAAUGUUGCUGGAAAUCUCGGCUUCCUUCCAUCGGAUCCAUUGUACCGCUAUGUCCUACUGAUUCAAUUUGCAGUACCACCUGCCAUGAAUAUUGGUAUCAUGACCCAACUCUUUGAUGUGGCACAAGAGGAGUGUUCAGUGCUCUUCCUGUGGACUUACUUGGUCGCUAGCCUCUCCCUCACUAUAUGGUCCGCAAUCUUCAUGUGGAUCUUGUCCUAAAACCCCCAUUGGCUCACAAUUUGUCAAGGGUGAUUAUAACAAAUUUAUAGCUUCUAUUUAAUUUAAUUUAAUUUUGAGCAAGAUUUAGAAUUGAAAUUAUUCGUUAAUUUUUGUGCUAGAAAAUUUUCUAAAUUUGAAUCGAAAUUAAAUUAUGAUACAUCUUUAUACUA